CAUAGACACCACGGGUCUUUCUCGACCGCAGCUACUUUCUUUAAUGUUUCUCCUCCUCCUGCAAGCACAGAUGAAUAUAACCGCAACUGUACUUGGGGAAGGAGGGAUGUCAUUUAGCUGCAGUCACACAGAAGGGAGCUGAUAUGUAAGCAAGAUAACACGAACAGCUCAGUUUCCGUGAGUUUUACGUGGGUGUGAAGAAAGUUUCUCACUCACAGAUAGUUCCACUCUCCAGAGUGACAGUUCAGCAUGGAUGGAACAGUUGUCUAUGCAGACAUAAAAUUACCAGAAGUUUCCCCACCUGGAAGAAACUUAGAUUCAGUUCAGAAGCCAGAACACCAACUGUGCCCACGCUGGCAUGGAAUUAUGCUGCAGGUUGGAUGGGCUGGAAACAUUGUCCUGGUGGUGGCGGUGAUAGUGAUGGGAGUUUGGGUUAUAAAUAAAACUCCACAGGAUCGUGAAAAACAGGUCAAAGCAUCUGAAUGGUCUCCAAACACAACUCAGUACUGCCCUGCAGGAUGUGAAGGAAACAAAGCGUCAGAGGAUUUCAGGUCUACUCUGAAAGAAAAAUUGUGUGAGACGGGGGAUGGAAGCUGCCACCUGUGCCCCUUGCAGUGGCGUCUGCACAAGAAUAAAUGCUACUGGUUUUCUGAAACGAUUCAGUCUUGGGAGAAGAGCAAGGAAGACUGUAUCGCUAAGAAGUCUCACCUACUAAUAAUUGAUGAUCAGGAAGAAAAGGAAUUCAUCCAGAAAAAUGGGAAAUUAGUAUGGAUUGGACUUAUCGUGUCAUUGCCAAAGAAGAAAUGGAUCUGGAUCAAUGGCUCUUUGUUACAGGAGAAAUUAUUUCCAGCAAUACAACCUGAGGAAGGCAGCUGUGGUGCCUUUGAAGACAAUAAAAUCUAUUCUGAGCUGUGUAGCACACAGCUUCGCUGGAUUUGUCAGAAGGAAUCUGUACUCCUUUGAGUAUCUUCAUGUGUCCCCAUUCGUAAUUAGCUACACACUCUCCUUUAGACAUCUUGUUCUCCGUCCUAAAAAAACCCUCAAGGACCUUCUUGGUGGCUGCUCCCAGACUUUGGAACUCCCUCCCCAGAGAAGCAAGACUGGCUCCCUCCUUGUUGUCCUCCCGCUGGCAGGUGAAGACUUUCUUGUUCCAACAGGCUCUGGAGAACUGACUGCUUCUAAUGAAAGGGCGGGUGCCAUGCCGUUUUUAUUGUGAUAUUUUGUAUGGUUUUAAUAGAUUAAAUAUAUGUAUAUAUGUAACUUUAAUUCUAUCAGUGUGUGUUUGUUUAUUUAAAAUUGUUGUUUUUCUUA